AUGGUGCAGACCACCUUCCUGGGCGGUAUGGCCAACUCCAAAUCAUCCAUCGCGUCUGGGCCCGGGUCUUCGCACAGCCCAGGCAUCGCCGCCGCGCACAAGAAGGCUCUGAAGGACAAGAAGUUCAACUCGAAGGACUUGGAGCAUUUCUCCCACUUCCGAUGGCGACUCUACAGCUUGGUGAUUUCAAGUUCGUGGGAGAUGCUGGUGAGUUUGACGAUUUGUCUCAACUUCGUCAUCAUCAUCUUUGAAGCCAACGCGGGCGUUGCCUGUGGCGAUGAUGUGAUCGGUUGCAUGCCCCAGUGGCUGAGCAUCUGCAACUAUGUCUUUGUUGGCUUCUACACGUUCGAGAGCUGUAUCAUGCUCUUCGUGUACCGACGACGUAUGUGUCGCGACUGGUGGAUGGUUUUCGACAUCGUGAUCGUGAUCAUAGCCUGGGUAGAUGUGAUCGUCAGCACACUGGUGACCACAGCUGGGCUGCAGGAAGUUCAGCUCCUGCGGCUUUUUCGCAUAGCGCGGCUGGCGCGGGCGGCAAGGAUCGUCCACAUGUCGCCGGAGCUCCAUGCCAUGGUCACAGGCAUCAUCAGCGCGCUGACGACGGUGUUCUGGGGGCUGAUCAUGGUGAUGCUGCUCCUGGCUGUUUGGGCCGUGCUGGCAGUGGAGCUGUUGCAUGGGACUGCGCACAAAGUGCACUCCAACAACGACCUGUGUUUGUCGGCCUUCGACUCGGUCUUCAGCAUAAUGCUCAUGUUCUUUCAGACCCUUAUGGCCGGUGACAGCUGGGGAGAUUGCGCGGUGCCGAUGAUUCAGGAGAUGCCAUGGUCCAUCGUCAUCUUCGGUGGUUCCUUGCUGACAGUCCAGCUUGGUUUUGCAAAUCUCGUGCUCGCCGUGAUCGUGGAGCGCGCGCGGCAGGCGCACGAGGAGGAGCAGCGGCAGAACCUGAAUGAGCAGGUGAAGAAGCGGCGUGAUGCAGAGAAGAGACUUCUGGAGAUGUGUAAGGCCAUUGAUGUGGAUCAGGAUGGAAUUCUAACGCUCGAGGAGCUCAUGGACGCCUAUGAAAGCAACGAGGAUUUCCGGAAGACGCUGACGCUCUUAGAGAUCGACGAGACGGACCUCAUUUGCCUAUUCGAUUUGAUGGAUGCAGAUAGGUCCGGCGAUCUUACCUACGAGGAGAUGAUCAGCUGCAUUCACAAGUCGGAGACUAACGACUUGAAGCGUCAGAUGAUGAUGGUCAAGCUCCAGGUGCAGGAUAUUUGGCUAAGAAUUCGUGACACUUUCCUCACUGCUCAAGAGAACAUCAUCACGGAAUUCAAGGGCGAGUCGUCGAAGCCUUCGCUCUUCGACGCCCGAACAUACCUCAUCAGAAAGCUGACGGGCGAAAACGCGACGAGUUUGAUGCGCCGGACGCGCACCAUGCAGUCACGCCUCAGCGAGGCCCACGAACGGGCACAGUCGAUGCGCGCAGCGUCUAUGGCCUCCCUUGCCGCCACCACGCAGCAAAUGCAGAUCGCGGAGAGUCAGACCGAAGCUGGCACAGAGUUGUCUGCCCCAGUUUUCGCGAUCAGGCAGCUCCGACACCACAUCAAUGCCGAGCUCCAAAGGACACAGAAUUGGAUCGACUUUGAAGUGCAGAGGUUCAUCACCAAGCAGUGGCCGAGCCCUGAGCCGGACAAGGAAGUUGCAGCCAAGGACGGUGCAGCGAAAGAAGCGAACGCCAAAGAUGGGAUAGGGCGCGUUGGACACACUGCAGCUCCCGGACCUCUAAGAAUGGAUGGGACAAGUUCGACGAAGGCGUCACCGCGGGGGUCACCGCGGGUGUCGCCUCGGGUGUCGCCGCAGGUGUCGCCGCAGGUGUCGCCGCGUGUGUCGCCGCGAACUGGCGCACGUCCCACAACUCCAACACGGAAGGAGGUGACCAUCAACCCACCCAGAGAUGCCCAGAACUGGCAAAAUGCGCAAAACCAGUGGGGCGUCCAUGACGGAGAGGACGCGUCGAUUUCGACAAACCCUCGAACACCCAGUCGUGUGUCAAGUCGUCGAUGA